AUGUCAACAGCUGGCUGCUCACCUUCGGGUUCCAGCUACACAACGUCAUCCCUGGCUACCCCAAGCCAGACAUGGAUGCGAUGGAGCCGUCCUAUGAGCUAAUCCACACCCAGAUGAAAACCCAAGAAUGGGACAACAGCAAGUCAAUUUUGGGGGUCCAAUGCGAAGUGCAGAAGCAGCUGAAGGCCUUCGUCACUCUGGAGCGUUUCGAACGGAUCUACAGCUCGAGCAUCGCCGGGUGCCGGCACGUCAAGAAGAACAAGAACUUUGCAGCCGGAGGCUCAAUCUUCGGCAAAGGGGUCAAAUUCGCCAUGAAAGACGGGCGCGUGGCCACCGACAUCAUCAGCGUGGCCAACGAGGACGGGCGGAGGAUCGCGGCCAUCCUGAACAACGCCCAUUACCUGGAGAACUUGCACUUCACCAUCGACGGGGUGGACACGCACUAUUUCAUUAAGCAAGGGCCGUCGGAGGGCGACCUGUCCAUCUUGGGCCUCAGCGGCGGGCGGAGGACCCUGGAGAACGGCGUGAACGUGACGGUGUCACAGAUCAACACAGUACUGGGUGGAAGGACUAGACGUUACACGGACAUCCAGCUCCAGUAUGGCGCGUUGUGUCUAAACACCCGCUACGGGACCACCUUGGACGAGGAGAAGAACCGCGUCCUGGAGCUGGCCCGACAGCGCGCCGUCUCCCAAGCUUGGUCCCGGGAACAGCAGAGAUUGCGGGAUGGGGAGGAGGGGAUUCGCUCGUGGACAGAAGGGGAGAAGCAACAAGUGCUAAACACGGGCCGGGUACAGGGCUACGACGGUUAUUUCGUGAUCUCAGUGGAGCAGUACCCCGAACUCUCAGACAGCGCCAACAACAUCCACUUCAUGAGACAGAGCGAAAUGGGCAGAAGGUGACAGAGAGGGUCGGUGCGGUGACUUCUUGCCAAAGACAGCUACUCUUUUGUGGCCACUUACCUGACUGUGUUGUACUCAAUCCUUUUUCUAAACCGAGCAAGGCGGGGAGGGGGGGUGGAAAAUAGAAAGAGAAGGAACAAUAUGGUUGCACUGUAACUCAUGCAACAUACUUUUUUUUUUCCCCCUCUUUAAUUUGGCCUUCACACAUUUUUUCCAACGAGCAGAAGGUAUAUUUUGCCCUAGUGUGAUCACAGUGAAAUUU